AUGGAUUCGCCUUCCGAGGAUUUCCUCAGCGAGGAAGAAUGGGGUGCGCCGAGCAUUCCGACUCCAGAUGGCGGCCUGGAGGACGGCGACGCUGCGCAGGGCGAGCCGCCUGCUGAACAGGAGGAGGACUGGCUCGCCGAGAGCCCUGGCAGGGGACCGAGCCCUCAGCAGGGCGAUGCCCAGGCCCUCGCGCCGCUGGAGUCGGCGCCAGUGCAGGCCCAGCCAGAGGCGGCGCUGGUUGCUGCCGGCGGCGUCGGCAGGGCGCCCCUGCAGGGCUCGCUGGCCAGCCUGACGCGGGUGCUGGUGGAGAAGCGCUACCCCGACGGUGGCACCGUCACGAUGGCGACGGCCACGGCGAUGGCUGAGCGCCUCGGCAUUGCGCGCGGGCACUUCAGGGGGCGCGUCUACGCAGCUGCUCACGCUGCCUUUGCCGCUGCCCAGACGCAGGUCGUCUCGCUCGUGAGCCGAGUUAUUGCUGCGUCUGGGGCCACGUCUCGUGACGACACCGCGCACGCGGUGGCGCCGUCGGUCUUCUUCAGGAAGAGGAAGUACGACGGCGCGCGCAUGAAACUCGGCACCACUGUGUCCACAGUGCACGAUGACGACGUCAUCGAGGAGCGGACCGCCGGUUCGCGCGAGAUCUUCGUCGUCAAGGGUGCGUUCGGCAUCGUGAUGCGUCGGCGGCAUGCGGAUGCAUGCCAGUUCUUGCACGCGUGCGGCACCUUGCCCACGCGCCUCAGCGUGCUGGAGGGGAGCACCGCGGAGGUCGACGUCGCGUGCUGCGACGCUGCCAGCGGCAACCUGCGCAACGAACGCGCCUUCUGUGAGACGGUGCCUCUCCGAUCUCAGAUUGUCUUCUUGCGCCGUGCUCACAAUAAGAAGAAGGUCGCUGAGAGCUCGCUCCAGACGGUUCGGCCUUUCGACACGAACCUCGUUCGUUGCCAGAUGUCGUUGACAGGGGGCAGUCUCCUGGGGUUGAGGCACCAGGCCAGGCUGCUCCAUGGAGAGCAGCCCGCGGUCAAGCGGGGCGUGCCCCCAGCAGAUGCCACUGCGCACCGUGACGCGGCAUGGGGGCUGCACUUCAACAGCAAUGGCCCGACCGCUGUGCAUCGCAAGGAGGUGGUGUCCCGCAUGUGCAAUGGCGAUGUCCGUAAGCAUGGUGUCAUCGAACACUAUUGCAGAGGGCGCUGCCGCUCGCCGAAGCACACCUUGUUCUUGAUGCGGCGGUACGGCGCCCCAGCGCUUUUCGGCAGGAUCGACGUGCUGAACAGAGCCAACUGGGUCGACAAGACGCGGAGCCACAGAUCCGUUGGCGCGCCAGCUGCUGUUCAUGGCAUCUUUGAGGUUGCUGCUGGAGGCGACGGCGUCGGCGGCGAGCGGCCUGCGCCCUCUGUCGACGCCCCGGGCGCUGAGGGCGGAGCAGACGCCGACGACGAGAACGCAUUCAAAGAGCAACAGGACAAGCGAGUUGCAAGCAGCCGCGCGUGGAUGCUCAGCGGCACCGUCGCAGAUGACAUGUCCUUGGGCACGGUGCUGGCUGCGCGCGCGGACGCGCGCGCCUUGAAGCAGCUUGCUACCAGCGGCUCUUCAUUCGAGAAGGCUCAGCAGCACAGAGUGUCCAUCGGGCAGCCCAGGACUUACGAAACGUGGCUUGCGCAUGAGGACGCCGACACCAUUGAGCUGAUGAGCGACGCGUACCUGUCCAUAUCCGACGUUGCAGCGUGGUGCCCACUGCAGGGCCGCACGGAGGCGACUGCACUGAAGGUGCACCGCAUGUUGGCACGGAUGGGCGGGGUUGCGUGCCAUCUCGUCUACAGGGCCAAUCGGAAUUGGCCGAUGUCGCUGCUAUAUUCUCUGAAGGACCCAGGUGUUCUGCAGGUCCUCGGGGAGACCAGGGGCUGCCUUCUGGGCCAGUGCACCGAGGAUUUCUGCAGCUUCUACGCUGGCCGAUUGGAUUCGGCAGAAGCCAGGAGCGAGCUGAAGGGCGCCCUCGUCAUGGCCGACAUGGGCGCCGCUGACGUGGAGCGGCCGCAUUCGGUAAACCAGAGGGGUGCGCGCUUCAGAGUCUGGACCCACAUUGAAUAUGUGGAGGAGGUGAGUGCUCAUUACACAGCGCACACGGCGGGUGACUACGACGUUUCCGCAGCUCCGUGCCCCGCAGGCCUUCAGAGAGGACCUGCCCAGAAGCGGAAGCGCCUGACGUGCGACCCACGGCGCGGGCACAACAGCCUCCAGCAAUGGACGUGGCGAGCGUUUACGUACAUGAACGGUGGCAGCGUGUCUGGAGCAUCGUCGAUAGAGUUGUCAGCGUUGCAUUCUCAGCUGAGCGGGGAGGAGCUUGAGCACUACAGGCUCCUGGCCGCCAUUGCACGGGAUCGCCAUCUUUCUGGCGAGUGCGGCUUGGACAGGCGUCGGAUGGCAAGGGCGCUCUCGGCGCCAGACGGCAUGCCGCCAGCUCUCGGCGUGGAGCCGAUUUGUGACCAGCGAAUGGAGUCGGCGGGCGAUGCUGGACCUCAGAAGUCGCAGUUCGCCGAUGUGCCCGCGCCGAUCUGCAGGCUGCAUCGGCUGCGCGGGCGGCGGCUGGCCCGCGUGGCUGGCGAGGUGCGCGAGGCUGCCGCCGCACUCAGGCAGUCCAACCAGGCGCAGGCCAACAGCAUGUUCCCCGUCGUGGGUCGGGUCGCUGCCCCUGUCGGCGACAUCGAGGUUCAGGUCGACGCUGGCACGGUGUUGAGGUACCGCAGGCGCGCGUCCAGCGCGGUGUCGGACGCCAUCGGCGCGUUGGAGGGCGAUGGCGGCGAGUCCACGUUGCAGCGAGCUUCGGCAUGGGUGGCCAUGCGCCGCACGCUCACAGCGCCCAUUGCGGAGACGUGCUUCCACGAGGGCGGCGGCGACAGGCUGCUGCUGAUCGAGAAGCACAUCAGGGCCGCGUUCGCAUCCCUGCGCAGCGCGUGCCCCGACAAGGGCGUGAAGGCCUCGGCGCGCACCCAUUGGCUGCGUCAGUGUAAUACUAGCGCAGCCCUUCUUCUCAACGGGGACCUGAUGAAGUCCUUGAAGGCCCUGGCCCUCAAGGACCCCCCAUGGCCUUCGCGGGCCUUGAAGGAGGCCCUUGAGGGCUUCGAGGGCCAUUCGGUGACUUAA